GGGGUGGGGGUAAGGGAUGUGUAUUCUGAUUUGGGACGAAGAGAUUUAGGAACCUACGCUUAAUCACAGAUCGAUAAACCAAUCAGCAUAAGCUGCCGAAAGUUAAUUGUUACUCCUUGGAGUGAGGAGACGCGCAGUCAAGGUGGCGGUGGAAGUGCCGGGUCAGACUAAACUUAUAAAUAGUUGACAUAGGUGCUGCUACCUCAGGAUUCUAAAAACACACUCGACUCUUGUUUGAAGAGGAGAACGUCAGCUAAAGGAGAACAGAAACUUGUGUACAUCAUACCGCGUACGCUGAUGUGGAGGAAGAACUUCUCAGGUUAAGAAUUGCCAUUUGAGGAAGCUGAGAAGUAACAUGAGCAUCGUGCACGUGUCUUUGGCUGCCCUGAGUCUGUUUGUGCUUUGUGAUGCGAGAGGUCCCCCUCGACUAAUGAGGUUGGUGGAAGAAAGGCAGAUAGUCCAACUUGGUCAAACAAUUCGCCUGUCUUGUCCUGUGGAAGCCGACCCCCCUCCUCUCACCAUGUGGACCAAAGAUGGACGAACAGUCCAUGGUGGCUGGUCCAGGUAUCGGGUGCUACAGCAGGGCCUCAAGAUUAAGGAGGUGGAAAUGGCUGAUGCAGGAAUCUACAUUUGUCGAGCUACAAAUGGCUUUGGAAGCAUCACUUUGAAUUAUACCCUGAUUGUUAUAAAUGAUUCAGUGAGUGGAGGACACAGUCAGACAGCAUCUGAAGACACAGACACCAACCAGCAGAGUGACAGCCCCACUGGGAUGCCUUGGAUAAAGCCACGCUUCACUCAGCCCACAAAAAUGCGUCAGAGAGUGUUGGCCCGACCUGUUGGAAGUUCAGUGAGGCUUAAAUGCUUAGCAAGUGGAAAUCCACAGCCUGAGAUCUCUUGGUGGAAGAAUGAGAGACCUCUCCCUAUUCCGAGGAACAAGAACCGGAAACAAUGGACACUUAUCUUGAAGAAUCUCAAGCCAGAGGACACCGGCAAAUAUACCUGUCAUGUUUUCAGUCAAGUUGGACAGAUAAAUGCCACUUACAAAGUGGAUGUAGUAGAACGCACUAAAUCGAAGCCCAUCCUGACAGGAAGUCAUCCAGUCAACACCACUGUAGAAUUUGGAGGUACUGCAUCAUUCCAGUGCAAGGUCCAUAGUGACGUCAAGCCUGUCAUCCAGUGGCUAAAGCGAGUGGAUCAAGGCACUGAAGCACGAUACAAUUCCACGCUGGAAGUGGGCGGCCAGAGAUUUGUGGUGAUGCCAACGGGGGAUGUUUGGUCACGGCCAGAUGGCUCUUACCUCAAUAAACUGAUGAUAGUAAAGGCCAAAGAUGAAGAUGCUGGAAUGUAUAUCUGCCUUGGAGCCAAUACCAUGGGCUACAGUUUCCGUAAUGCCUACCUUACUGUGCUGCCGGAUCCCAAAGUGGAGAAGACAAUCACCCCUCCACACCUCAGCACAGGCCUGCCAUGGCCUGUAAUUAUUGGGAUUCCAGCGGCAGCUCUUCUGAUUGUCGGCACCAUAGUCCUUUGGCUUUGUCACACCCAUCGGCGAGGCAAUACCUUACCUCCCCGUCCUCACCGGGACCACCAGUUGCCUGACAAAGAAUGCUCCCCCAUUGGCACCACUGAAUAUGCAUCACAAAGACUAAUUGGCGCGGGGCCACCUCAGCUGGCUUCACAACCAAAAAUGUACUCGAAGGUCUACACAGAUGUGCACACGCACACCCACUCACAUGUAGAAGGAAAAGUCCACCAGCAUCAGCAUUUCCACUUCCAGUGUUAACUUGAUGGGAACAGCCUGUUGCAUUGUCAAAAAAAAAACUCUCGCGUAUCUGAGCCCAUAAACUCCAGUGCCAACACUUCCCGUGUACGGAGACUAACACUUGUGAGCAAUGGACUCCUCUUUCUGCCUCAGUUUCGCCUAGGAUGCCGUAUAAAGUCUCCAGGUCAGCCAUAAUGUGUGUACGUGCAGUUACUGAAUUUCGCUUGGUUAAGAAAACAAUCAGUGAGAAACACUGCAUCAGGUCUGUUCUGUAAGGAGCAAUAUGCCGUAAUCCAAAUAGCCAUUUUAUUUGUAAAGCUAAAAAUGUAAAUAUUUUUUAAAUUAUUUAACUUUUUUAAGCAAGAAUAUAAUAUAACAAACAUAUAAGCUCACUUAAGAUGGAAUCGAACGUUAGACUGUGAUAAUUUUGCUGAUCUAAAGUAGCAUUGUUUACAAAUCUCUUGUUUAAUGUUGGUGUCAAAAACAGGAAAGUAAAGUUUAGGACAGAAGCGGGAAUCUCUGAGCCAGGGGCACCAGUGCUGCUCUCCAUUCUUAAUGCCUAAGCAAGUGCUUUCAUUCUAAAAGUAGCGUGAUUUGCACUUUGAAAUUGGUAACCUCCACAUGCCUGGGAUCAAAAGCCUAAGAACGGCUAAUGGUCCGUUUCAUUGGCUUUGCAUGGCACAUCAUCAGGUGUAUUUAUUCAUCUUUUGUGUGACCACCGAAUUCAAUCAGCCUAUCAAAGAAUCGGAUAAAAACCUGUGCAUAAUGUGGAUGAGCCACAGAUAAUGACAAUUGAACAAUGUGUUUGCCACAUAACGUUAUUUGGGUUCUGAUUGUUUUCUCUGCCUGUACGUCCAGACCAAAGCCUUGAUUGCCCGGCCUUCAUUUCAUAGUAUUUGGGACUCAGUGUGGGUGUUUUUUUUUUUUUUGUUUUUUGCAGGAAAAGAUUUUGUAUAGUUUUGUACAGUAUAGUUGUGCCCACUCAGGUUAUCCUGUGGACUGUUUGAGUGAUUCAACUAUGCAUCCGUCUCCUGUUUUUUGUUUUGGUCCUUCCUAACACAAUUCCAUCUUUUUAUGCCUGACUGGAGUUGCAGUGAUACAACAAUCAAUUCAAUUACAACUUCUAGAAGGUAGAAGUGUGCAGUCAUUUGCAGCUGAGGACAAGCCAGACGACGUAGUGUGUCACUCAAUGGUGAUUUGGAGACCACUUGUUUACAGCAGAAUUUGGGAGCCAAAGUUUGAGGAGGGCCUCUUAUUAUUCCUGCUGAGCUCUUUAUCAUUGAAUUUCCAUGAGAAUGAACAGACUGGGACUGUCCCUCAGCUGAAUCAAUGGCUAAAAUCACUACCUAAUUGAGCAGAAGGAAGAUCAGGGUGAUGGCGAAGUAGACUGCAGGCAUACAUGAGUGGAGCUGACUGAGUGUUAAGCACAAACCUGAAAUUAAGCAAAUCUGAUAAGGAUGCAACCAAAAAUCCACAUUCUGUUUUUCAAGUGUGGAGUGACAUGUUGUAACAAAUUGCCUUCUGAUGUUGUGUUUGAUAUAUCGGUCUCCUGCAAUUCUGCAUAGGGUUUAGCAUUGGCAAAAAGCCACUUGCCAUGAGGCAUUCCAUGGCAUCGCCACCUGCAGCACCACAUAAACGAAGCAAGAAAGCUGCUUUUAGUCCUUAUAGCUAAGUUGAAGUGGACCCCCACCAAUGAAUUUAACAUGGUGUUGUUUUUUUUAAAUCUAGAGAGAAGUGAAAAAGUUAUCUUACAUAAAAUGUAUCAUGUCUACAGGGAUGUGUCUGUGUGUUGUAAGCCAGUGGUAAUCAAUGUUAGUGCCUGCUGCAGCUUUUCCCUAGCCUGGGCCAAAUGGAAUUAUCACUACACUACAGCAAGCCCACACCAAGAUGCCAUCUCCGCACAGAGCAUCACUUCUUGGUAAAGGGUGUUUUGACUUGUCAAGCCAUUGUAAACAGCAUUGGGCUCAUGUUUCAGAGCUCCUCUCUCAUGUAGGAUUGAAACCUUCAGUCUUCAGAUGAGCAGCUACAUCCCUGGUAUAUUCAUUCCAAAGCAGGAGGAGCAUGAAUAUCUGUUUUGUCUGGUGUCAGCAUGGUUUAUGCAUUAAUAAAAAAAUAUCUAAGACAGCUAUUUUAAUAACUAUAUUUCUUUAUUGGAUAAAGUCAUUGCCAUGUCCCCUUUUUAUAGGAAAUCUUAACUGAAAAGUGUCCUUGGUAUUCAAUUCCUGCCUUUGGUUUUAAACAGCAUUUGGUAUAUAACAGAACAUGGUGUUCUUCACAAACAUGCUGGCUGGCUGGCACAUUUCUAAUGCACUUCCAGAAACAAAAUAUUGCAUGUUUUAUAUGUACUUAGAGAUGUGUUUGCGGCCCUAUGUUUAAAAUGUUUUUCCUAAUUAAAAAUAAUUAUUUCAA